AUAGUGUGCAUGUAUGUUAAGUUAAACAUAUAGAGCGUAUAACAGUUGAGACAAUGUAUCUUGGUUUAUGUUUAGGAGUAUUUGUUCAUUUUUCUUAACAUCCACUUUUACUCUUUCGUGGUGGUAAUACUCUAACAGUAGAAAGAUUUAGAUCGAAAAAUGUACGAUAAAAGUGAUGAGAUUGUUCAGCCUGCAAAAGUGUAAAACAAAGUGGAGAUUACGUUUGAAAUUCGACCUUAAAAGGGAGAUUCAGUUUGACAAACAGUAAUAGGAAAAAAGGAGAUUCAUUUAAGAAAUAAAUUCAACAACAGAAAAGGUUCGGACAGAAAUGGACCUGGCGGACUGUUGUAGUAAAUGUGGAUCUAAUGAAAGUCCAGCUUUCUCACCUAGAUAUUUGGCUAUUACAGCGUGCGUAUCUUUCGUAGCCGGUGUAGCUAUAGUGCUUCUGAUACUGUUUAUCAUAAAACUGAAAAGAGACAAGAAAAUGUGUUUUAAAAGGAAAGAAGAACCAUUUAAAGGAAAGUUUGAAGGUGCAAGCAAGAAAGCCACAUUUCAGGUUCUAAAGAAACAUACGCUUGAACGAUCUCCGGGAAAGGGCAUAUCUAGCAAUGAAGGUCAGUCUGAACAAGAAAAAACAGAAGAACCUGAAACUUCUCAUGUGGAAAUAGUACUAAACACAGAAACUGAAACCGUUGCUUCUGAAGAACUAACCAAGCAAGAAAGUGAAUGUGCAGAAAAUAAACAUGACGAAAAUGAAAAAGUUUACCACGGCACAAAAUCUAACUCGAGUGAAUUAGAACAAAAUGUUUCUGUGGAUAGUGUAGAAGAAGACAAAGAACAUGCCACAGUUAUCAAAGAAAAUGCGCCCGAAAGUGACAUAUUGAAGCAGAGGGACAGAUCAGCCAUGUCAAGUCAUUUGUUUGAAAAAUCUAGAGGAAGUUCGGUGUAUGAACAUGACGAUUUUGUUCUACAAAAUGCUAAUUUUAGAAUAAGUGCACUUUCAAAUAUUUGAGCAUAUGCAUAUUGCUUCCCGCAACAGUAAUUUCCAAGCAGUAUUCAUUUUGCGAAUACGAAGGAGAAGCAUUGCUAAUAGUCAAUUCUUUAACCGUAGACGGAUGCUUUAAAACAAUGUUCAAAAAUUGUAAAUGCUUAGUAGAUCUUCUAUUAGACACUGAAUGCCUGGUUAUUUAGAUAGCAUUUCCCUCAUCAAUGCUUUUAUCAGAAAUAAUGUCACCAAUUGCUUUAAAAGGAAACAUAAUAGAAACUAAACUUAGUUGUAUAAUAGUUUGAUCAUCCGUGCUACACGCACACUCUACAGAAUAUUUAAUGAAUGAGUGAAAUUACUUUU